UAGACGUGGACGCAGUAGCAUGUGAUGGCGUAGUGAUGGCCAUUGCAGUGUGUGAACAUGUGGAAAAUGCAGGUGUUCACUCUGGCGACGCCACCUUGGUGACGCCGCCCCAGGACCUCAACCAGAAGACCAUGGAGAGGAUCAAGGUGAUCGUUCAUGCCAUUGGCCAGGAGCUGCAGGUCACUGGACCCUUCAACCUGCAGCUGAUCGCCAAGGAUGACCAGCUGAAGGUGAUUGAGUGCAACGUCAGGGUUUCUCGCUCCUUCCCCUUUGUAUCAAAGACCUUGGGUUUGGACCUUGUUGCCCUGGCAACCCAGGCCAUUAUGGGGGAGGAAGUGGAGCCUGUGGGCCUAAUGAAUGGAAAAGGGAUUGUGGGAGUCAAGGUUCCCCAGUUUUCAUUCUCUCGGCUGGCCAGAGCUGAUGUGGUGCUUGGGGUGGAGAUGACCAGCACUGGAGAGGUGGCCUGUUUUGGAGAAAACCGAUAUGAGGCUUACCUCAAAGCCAUGCUCUCCACAGGCUUCAAGAUCCCCAAAAAGAACAUCCUGCUCUCCAUCGGCAGCUACAAG